CUGACAAAACUGCUACAGUGUGACAGAUACUGUAGCUCAGAGAACCCUGGGCCUUUCACAUCCUUAUCAACACUACCAAAAAGGCAAUCUUCCUCGUCAAUCCUUUAGCUAAGUAUGGCCGGCAACAAUGGAUUCAGACCCUCAAAACAGCACCUGCAGACAUGUUCAAGCUUUGUUUUGGCUUCCAUACUUGCUUCAACACUCCAAAUCUACUUCUUCUCACCCAUUUCCCCAGAUCCACUUCACCUGCCUCCUGUUUCAGCUGCCAUUAAUCUUCCCACAAACAACAAGUUACAGGAAGUGACUAAAAUUGGAGAAGGGUUUCUGAAUAAACCAGAAGAUCUUUGUUUUGACGAAGAGGGUAUACUGUACACAGCUACGAGAGAUGGGUGGAUCAAAAGAUUGCAUAGAAAUGGAUCAUGGGAAGAUUGGAAGCUGAUUGGAGGUUAUGCUUUACUAGGAAUCACCACCGCAAGGGCUGGUGGCAUCUUUGUAUGUGACGCACAAAAGGGUCUUCUUAAGGUUGGAGAAGAUGGAGUGUCUUUCCUUACAUCACAUGUUAACGGGUCCGAGAUAAGGUUUGCAGACGAUGUGAUUGAAGCAUCAGAUGGGAGCCUGUAUUUCAGCGUUGCAAGCUCAAAAUUCGGACUCCAUCACUGGUACUUGGACCUGCUUGAGGCAAAGCCUCAUGGGCAGCUUCUCAAAUAUGAUCCUCUAUUGAAUGAGACAUCUAUAAUACUUGAUAACCUGGCCUUUCCCAAUGGCGUGGCCCUUUCACAAGACGAAGAUUUUCUGGUUGUUUGCGAGACAUGGAAAUUUAGGUGUCUAAAGUAUUGGCUGAAGGGGGAGAGGAAAGGAAGAACCGAAACUUUUAUCGACAACCUUCCCAAUGGACCUGAUAACAUCAAUCUUGCCCCCGACGGGUCGUUUUGGAUCGCUUUAAUUAAGUUGGCUUCUGAUGGUUUUGAGUUUGUGCACGCUUCCAAGGCAUUAAAGCACUUCCUGGCAACAUUUCCGAAACUGUUCCAGUUAGUUAACGGCUCGAAUGAGAAGGCAACGGUAGUGAAAGUUGCAGCUGAUGGGAAGAUAGUCGACAAGUUUGAUGAUCCUAAUGGGAAGGUUAUGUCCUUUGUGACAUCAGCUUUGGAGUUUGAGGACCAUCUCUAUUUGGGAAGUCUCAACACCAACUUCAUAGGAAAAUUACCACUCAAAGCUGCUUGAUGUUUCAAUUUAGGAAGAACAAGAUUUGGAAAAGCCGAAACAAGGGAUUUUCGAUCCCCGGCCUGUCAUCAUAAUAAGUUCGGAAAUGUUAAACAAUGCAAUUAGUUAUGUAUUUAGUUAUGCUCAGCGGUAGGAAAUGUUACUUUGUAUUAGGUCCUGCCACGUGUAUGGUUAGUUUUACCUUUCCUACACUAUAUAAAUUUGUCUCCGGCUCAUUUUGUGCUUGUGCUGGAAUUCCAGAA